AUGCGCCUUAUUUCACGACUUUUUCUAUUUCGGUCUGUACAUUAUCUAUCUAUCUAUCUAUCUAUCUAUCUAUCAGUCUGUUCAUAUCUAUCUAUCUCAGUCAUUUUAUAUCUAUCUAUCUAUCUAUCUAUCUAUCUAUCUAUCUAUCUAUCUAUCUAUCUAUCUCAGUUUGUCCAUAUCAAUCUCAGUUUGUUCAUAUCUAUCUAUUUCAAUUUGUUCAUAUCUAUCUAUCAGAACUUAUGGGAUGACCUGAUAUCUAUCUAUCUAUCUAUCUAUCUAUCUAUCUAUCUAUCUAAUCAGAAGCCUAUUAUUAUCUAUCUCAGUCUGUUCAUAUUUAUCUAUCUAUUUCUGUCUGAUCAUAUCUAUCUAUCUAUCUAUCUAUCUAUCUAUCUCAUUCAUAUCUAUCAAUCUAUCAGCCUAUCUCAGUCAAUUCAUCUAUCUAUCUAUCUAUCUAUCUAUCUAUCUAUCUAUCUAUCUAUCUAUCUAUCUCAGUCUGUUCAUAUUAAUCUCUGUCAGUUCAUAUCUAUCUAUCUAUCUAUCUAUCUAUCUAUCUAUCUAUCUAUCUAUCUAUCGGCUUGUUCAUAUCUAUCUAUCUAUCUAUCUAUCUAUCUAUCUAUGUAUUUCAGUCUGUUCAUAUUAAUCUCUGUCAGUUCAUAUCUAUCUAUUAAUCUAUUAACAUGUCUAUCUCAGUUAAUUCAUCUAUCUAUCUAUCUAUCUAUCUAUCUAUCUAUCUAUCUAUCUAUCUAUCUAUCUAUCUCAAUCUCUUCAUAUUAA